AUGGUAAUGAAGGGAUCUGUCACACUAAACAGAUGGGAGAGGCUAAAAGACACAAGGAACGAGGGAGGGGAGAGUGUGUGUCUGUGUGUGGGGGUGUGGAGAAGACAGCCAGUUACUCUGUCGUACCGGCUGGAGAACUCCGUCAUUUUCAGGUGUUCAGAAAUCCGAGGCAGAGAGAGAAUUAUUUGUGACCACUUCCUUGGACACAAGCAGCUUUUCCAGUUAUAUAAGACAGGAAAUUCACCUUCCAUUUCUGAGGCAGUGACCUCAGAUCUACCAGCUCCUGAAGAAGUGCUUACUUUCAAACCUUCUGCUCCUCCCUCUGAAUCGACCAAUGUGGAACUCAGCAGCACUGGCAGAACCAAGAGCCUUCCAGAAACCAGUUGCUGCUCCACUCUGGAUCUUCAACAUCCAAUCCCUCCUCCUCCACCUCCUCUUCUUCUUUCUGCAGACAUUCCUGACCUUCCACUUCCAUCACCUCCUAUCCUUCCUCCCCCUCCGCUUUCAACCAAAUCUGCUUCUACCUCCAGUCCUCCUCCUCCUCCUCCCCCAAUGCCUCCCCUCAGAGACAGCCCCCAACGUCCCACCACCCUCAAUAUAAAGACGCUGCCACGGUCCACUGCCAGGGAGAAUGGUGGACCUCCACAUCGGGUUGAUGAAGAUGAGGACGAGAAGAAGAUGCUGGAAGAGGAUCUGAAAAAAUGUAUUGAAGACUUCAAAAAGAUCCGCUUGCCCGCAGCGUUUCCUGACCGCAAGAGGCACUGGCAGAACGACCUGCUAAAGAAGUACAAUGCAUAA